AUGCAACAACCCGAGGAGGGCGUGGCCGCCGUCGAAAAGGUCCCCAGUCAGGUCGCCGCACCAGACAACUUGAACCUCGAGAAACAACCACUUGAAGAUGCUACUUCGACUACCUCCACCUCAAAGAAUGGCUCCAAAAACGGUUCAAAUGGCUCCAAGGGUACACCCAGUUCUGCCGCCCCCGCAGAUGACGAGGAUGCACUCUUCGCCCACCUCCCACCACACGAGCAAGAAAUCCUCAAACUACAGCUCCAUGCACCCCCAGUGACGGUCUCCUGGUUUGGUCUGUACCGAUAUGCAUCGCGCAACGAUCUACUGAUCCUAGUCGUCAGCGGUCUCUGCGCCAUUGUCGCCGGUGCCGCCAUGCCUCUCUUCACCAUCCUCUUCGGCGCAUUGGCUACGGCUUUCCAGCAGAUUACUCUGGCCAACAACGGCAUCGGCAAUUACACUUAUGAUGAAUUCUACCACGAGCUUACCAAGAACGUCCUGUAUUUUGUGUACCUCGGUAUCGCCGAGUUCGUCACCGUUUACAUCAGCACUAUCGGCUUCAUCUAUACCGGCGAACACAUCACCCAGAAAAUCCGCGAACACUACCUCGAGGCCAUCCUGCGCCAGAAUAUCGCCUACUUUGAUAAGCUUGGCGCGGGUGAGGUCACUACUCGCAUCACGGCUGAUACCAACCUUAUCCAGGACGGUGUCUCUGAAAAGGUCGGCCUCACUCUAACCGCUCUCGCGACCUUUGUGACGGCCUUUAUCGUGGCUUACAUCAAAUAUGCCCGUCUCGCGGGUAUCUGUACCUCGACUAUCGUGGCCUUGGUGCUGGUUAUGGGCGGAGGAUCCCGUUUCAUCAUCAAGUUUAGUAAACUCUCGCUGGAAAGCUACGGUGCUGGCGGUACCGUCGCGGAAGAAGUCAUCAGUUCAAUUCGCAACGCGACUGCUUUCGGUACCCAGGACAAACUGGCCAAGCAAUACGAGGUGCACCUGCGUGUUGCGGAACGCUGGGGUACGCGCCUGCAGAUGGCGCUUGGCGUCAUGGUCGGCGCUAUGUUCGGUGUCAUGUUCCUCAACUACGGUCUCGGUUUCUGGAUGGGAUCGCGCUAUCUCGUUGCCGGUGACGUGAAUGUCGGCCAGGUUCUUACUAUUCUGAUGGCUAUCUUGAUUGGUUCUUUCAGUUUGGGCAAUGUCGCUCCUAACGCUCAAGCGUUCACUAAUGGUGUCGCGGCUGCGACGAAGAUCUUCGGUACUAUUGACCGUGUCUCGCCUGUGGAUCCCACAAGCGAUGAGGGAUUGACUCUCGAUCACGUCGAUGGUGAUAUUGAGUUCCGCCACGUUAGGCACAUCUACCCCUCUCGCCCCGAGGUGACUGUCAUGCAAGAUGUUUCCCUGAAGAUCCCCGCUGGUAAGACCACUGCGCUGGUCGGUCCCUCUGGCUCGGGAAAGAGUACCAUUGUCGGCCUUGUGGAGCGCUUCUACCUCCCCGUCGGCGGUAAUGUCUAUCUUGACGGCCAUGAUAUUCAAGAAUUGAACUUGCGUUGGUUGCGUCAGCAGAUCUCGCUGGUCAGCCAAGAGCCUAUUCUCUUUGGCACGACUAUCUACGAGAACAUUCGCCACGGCCUCAUUGGAACUCGUUUCGAGAAUGAAUCCGAGGAAAAGAUUCAGAACCUUAUUGAAGAUGCUGCCAAGAUGGCUAAUGCCCACGACUUCAUCAUGGCUCUGCCCGAGGCUUAUGAGACUAAUGUUGGCCAGCGCGGUUUCUUGCUCUCUGGUGGUCAGAAGCAGCGUAUUGCCAUUGCCCGUGCUGUUGUUUCCGACCCGAAGAUCCUGCUGCUGGACGAGGCGACUUCCGCCCUGGAUACCAAGUCUGAAGGUGUAGUUCAAGCAGCUCUUGACCGCGCUGCUGAAGGCCGCACCACCAUCGUCAUUGCCCACCGCUUGUCUACCAUCAAAACCGCGCAUAACAUUGUUGUCUUCGUCAAUGGAUCGAUCGUCGAGCAGGGAACUCACGACGAUCUCCUGGAACUGGAUGGCCCCUACUUCAAGCUCGUCGAGGCGCAACGCAUCAACGAAGAGAAAGAAGCCGACGCACUGGCCGAUGUGGAAGACGAAGACGAAGACUCCGACGAACCAUACGAGAAACAAGAAAUCGCCCGCAUCAAGUCCUACGCCAGCGCAUCAUCCAGCGGCAAGACUAGGGGACGAAGUCCAACCGACGAAAACCCUUACCAACGAAAACUCCAUCCAACGCGCCGACACCCGCAAAUCCGUAUCCAGCAUGCCGAAUGGAAAUUCCUCGUUGUCGGCCUUUUCUUCUCCAUCCUCGGUGGCGGCGGCCAACCAACCCAAGCCUUCCUGUACGCCAAAGCCAUCACCGCUCUAUCCAAGGGCCCAAGCGAAUACGCCGAGCUACGCAAGGAAGCAAACUUUUGGUCUCUAAUGUUCUUCGUCGUCGGAAUCGCGCAAUUCAUCACUCUAUCCAUUCACGGCGUCGCAUUCGCAUACUGCUCCGAGCGUCUCAUCUGCAAAGCCCGCUCAAAGGCCUUCCGCAUCAUGCUCCGCCAAGACAUCAAUUUCUUCGACAAAGAAGAGAAUUCCACCGGUGCCUUGACUUCCUUCCUCUCAACCGAAACCAAACACCUCUCCGGUAUCAGCGGAACGACCCUCGGAACGAUCCUCAUGACCUCCACCACCCUCCUCGCCGCAAUCGUCAUCUCCCUCUCCUUCGGUUGGAAACUAGCUCUAGUCUGUAUCUCCGUCGUACCCGUCCUACUAGCCUGCGGCUUCUACCGUUUCUACAUGCUCGCCGCAUUCCAGCAGCGCUCAAAGACAGCAUACGAGGGUUCAGCCAGCUACGCCUGUGAAGCUACAUCCGCCAUCCGAACCGUCGCAUCGCUAACGCGCGAGUCAGACGUGUGGUCCAUUUACCACGGCCAACUCGAGGCCCAGGGCCGCGCUAGUCUAAUUUCCAUCUUCAAGUCUUCCCUACUCUACGCCGCGUCCCAGGCCCUGGUCUUCUUCUGCGUCGCGCUGGGCUUCUGGUACGGCGGUUCGUUACUGGGUAAGGGAGAAUACACGACGUUCCAGUUCUUCGUCUGUUUCAGCGAAAUUCUUUUCGGCGCUCAGUCCGCUGGAACGGUAUUCAGUUUCUCGCCUGAUAUGGGUAAAGCGAAGAACGCCGCGUAUGAGUUUCGGAAACUCUUCGACCGGAGACCUGUUAUUGAUACAUGGUCCGAAGAAGGUGAGGCGUUGGAGAAAUGCGAUGGAACGAUUGAAUUCCGCGAUGUUCAUUUCCGAUACCCGACUCGUCCGGAACAACCUGUUCUGCGGGGUCUGAAUUUGAGCGUUUCGCCCGGUCAAUAUAUUGCGCUUGUUGGACCGAGUGGUUGUGGAAAGAGUACGACAAUUGCACUAUUGGAACGAUUCUACGACGCUCUUUCCGGAGGCAUUUUUGUCGAUGGAAAGAAUAUCGCCGAUCUUAAUGUUAAUUCUUACCGGGAACAUUUGGCUCUUGUUUCUCAGGAACCGACGCUGUACCAGGGCUCUAUCAAGGAUAAUAUUCUCCUUGGUAUUGAGGCUGAUGAUAUUGAGGAGGAAUUACUCAUCAAGGCUUGCAAGGAUGCUAAUAUUUAUGACUUUAUCAUGUCUCUUCCUGACGGCUUCGCAACAAUAGUCGGAAGCAAAGGCGGAAUGUUAUCAGGAGGCCAAAAGCAACGCGUAGCAAUCGCCCGUGCUCUCCUCCGAAACCCGAAAAUCCUCCUCCUGGACGAAGCGACCUCAGCGCUGGACUCCGAGUCCGAGAAGGUCGUGCAAGCUGCGCUGGAUGCGGCGGCGAAGGGUCGGACGACGAUUGCGGUUGCGCAUCGACUCAGUACGAUCCAGAAGGCAGAUAUCAUUUAUGUCUUUGAUCAGGGACGUAUUGUUGAGAGUGGGACGCAUUCUGAAUUGUUGAGGAAUAAGGGGAGGUAUUAUGAAUUGGUUAAUCUUCAGAGUUUGGGGAAGACUCAUUGA